UUUCAUAAUCCUCACCAUAUGCGAGACUGUAUUAUAGAAAGUCACAACUUGUUACCUAUUGAAAGAAUGAGAGAAAGAAAAAAAAGACACUUUGAGGCGUGGCGUCGGUCGAAAGUAACAUUGGAGCAACACGACGAGCUCAGACAUUCGUGGAUGGUUCUUCUCUUGAAGGAUGGAAUUAAACAUUGCCCGCGGUUCUAAGUAUGUGUAUUUUGUGCCCGAAUGGAAACUGUACUUGAUGUGCGAGAUUAUUCUCCGACAGCCGAUGCGACGGUAGGAGAAGAAACGGGAGUGCGCUUCACGUACCUGUAAAAAGAGCGGGAGAGAGUGAGGAGGGAGUGCGGGAUGGGCGACGAAGUGGGAGCGGAGCCGGAGGCGGGGAAGACGACGGAGAACGAGCGGGUGCGAGGGAUCCUCCAUGGGAACACCCGGGAUCAAGAGUUCCUGCAGAGCUUCCUCCGGGUGGACGCCGGGGACGAGGCCGACCAGGACGUGGCCGAGAAGCCGGACAAGAAGAACGUGAAGCUGCGGACGGGGAAGGAAGUGAAGCGGCCGCUGCCGGACACGCCGCCGGCGCCCGACGAGAAGGCGCGCGGCGGGAAGGGGGCGCAGCGAGGGGGCUCGCCGCCCCCGACGGCGCCCCACGGCACGCUCACCUUCGUCCAGCUGACCAAGGACCUCAAGCUCCGGCAGAAGCAGGGCCAGGCCAACAAGGUCCGAGUCCGCGGGAAGCGGGUCCGCGUCCGUCGUCAGGAGGAGGUCUACACGGACAAGGACCGGGCCGCCGCCGUCAACAUGGGCAGCCGCGACAUCAAGCAGAGUUUGAAGAUGAAGCGCCGCGCCGACAGGAGCAAGGCCCUUCAGAUCCCUGAAGAGGCCGAGCCGGGCACCCUCCUCGCCUUGGGAAACUACGAGCUCAGAAACGGCGACGUCGCCAUCGCCAUCAAUUUUGUCAACAAGGCCUUAGAACUUAAUCCAAAUGACAAGCAGGCGUUGGCUGCCCGUAGCAAGUGUUACCUCCUUCUUGGUGAGCCAAAAUUAGCUCUGUCGGAUGCCGAGACAGCACUAAGUAUUGAUAAAAAUUUUAUAAAAGCAAUAUUCCAGAAAGGCGAAGCGCUGUACCAUCUAGGAAAUUUCGAGCACAGCCUCAUGUUUUAUCAUCGUGGAUUGAAGAUUCGACCAGAGAUGGAGGAUUUUCGACUAGGCGUUCAAAAGGCCCAAGAAGCCAUUGAAAAUACAAUAGGAAAGAUGGGCGCUGUUUUGGAUCUGGAAAACCCCAGUAGAGGACCGACAAGCAAUCGCUCUUCAAACGUCCCGGGAACAGGUGGAAAACCACCAUCUAAUCUAAGCGCGCGGAAAAUCACUGGAGGCACAACCGCAACAAGGCAAGAAAUAGAAAACCGAAAAACGACGAGGAGACUUUUGGGAGAGCUAUGUUUAGACAAGGAAUAUUUAGAAAAUUUACUCAAUCAUCCAGAUCUAAUAUGUUUACACCAAUCAGGAAAAAAUCAUAUAGGGCAGUUGGCACAAGAAGGGGUUGCAUUUUUAACGAAUCGUCAAGAAUUUUGGCGGCAGCAGCGUCCGAACACAUCUAAAAAAUAACACAGUGAUAUUGUAAUAUUGUUAUGUUUUUCUUUUUUCUUUCUGUUUUUCAAUAAAUAUUUCGAAAUGUCUA